AUGAAUCACGAAGAAUACUUCAAGACAAAGCAUCCGGUGUAUACAAACAUCUCGGCACAAUUUACAGGUAUAGGGCAUCUUGUGAUUGAUGGAGGGGCUCUUAUAACCAAUAUCAGUAAAAGGUAUGGGGUAGGAUAUGAAAACCUUCCGCUGCACACAUAUAUGCAUGGGACUAAGUUUAUGCUGUCGAAUCUCCAAAAGGUCGGAUUUCAUGAUGUUGUAAUGUUCUUCCGAGCAGAGAGUGGGCACAGAAAGGUGAUCAGGGAAUAUCUCAUGAGAAAGUUUGAUUGCAUGGAUAUUUCCCGAGUCUAUGAUUACAUUGAGAAUGAAAGGGUUGCACUUGUUCUUGGGGGAAGUGAAGAAGAUGAGCUCCGGUUUUUAUAUGAAUGUCUUGGAAUCAGUCUUUAUUGUGGAGUUCUGGACCAGAUGGAAUUUAGGGUUCCUAAUGUCUAUGCGUUUGUAUACUGUCCUCUUGAGCAUAGGGUGGAAAGGAAGGCUGUGGCUUUCCCUGACGAAGACACUGAUUCCGGAACUUGGGAGGACAUAGAUGACGAAAUCAAGAAGAUCAACUCCGAGAUGAGUAUAAAAGUUAUUGAUGAGCUUUUCAAGUCUAGAACCGAAGCUUUUGGGCCUUGCAAGUUUUCUGUGCCUGCAUCGUUGUGUAAGAAGCUUAUCAGGAUGUUCAGAGACGAAGCAUCUGAAAGAGUGAUGGACUUUGAUGGAAGGCUUCUCCUUCAAGAUGGAGAGGGGGAGAGUGAAGAGGAGUAUACGGAAUAUGGCGAGAUCAUUAAGGAUGGACACAGAGAUAUUGAAAGCAAGAAUGUUGGAAUGGAGUUGGAUCUGCUAAUAAGUGGGAAGGAGGUAAGCCCGGGAUCUGCGGCUGCACACAUGAAAAACAUAAGGAAGUCUGCACAGUCGUUAUUUGAUGGAAAGCUGUUAUAUACACCGAUUGUUAGGACUAAGGGAGGGAAGGCAUCAAAGAUGUCAAAGAAGCAAAAGCAGAUUAUAGAGGAGAAUGAGAGGAGAAUGAAAGAAGAGAAAAUGGCAAAGGAGGAAUCGUGGCUUAGAAACUUCUUUGGAAAGUACAAGGUGCUUGAUUAUCAAGGAAAGAAGAAUCUUCUAGAGAGUGUCAAGAAUGAUAGAUCCGGGAUUUAUAGGAGGGUUCUUCUACUCAGGAUUGAGUUCUAUGCAGACAUGUGGAAUCUUAAGAAAAGGUCUGAAGAUUGCGACGAAAGCAUCAUUGUCCCAUGCUAUCUAAGCUGUAUUGAAUAUAUACGUGAGUUUGGAAGGCUUGGGUUUGAUGAUCAGGCGCCAGAUGCAGAGCUUGAGUUUGUAUUCCAGAAUCUGAUUGGGUGUGGGUUUGAAGCAACUGUCAAAGAGCUGAUUGAAAAGCACAGUCUUGAGUAUUUGAAUCUCGAGUUCUUUACUGACGACACAAGUGCACCCAGUGAAUUUGAUAUUUGUUUCCAGUUGAAGCAUACUGGGGACAAGCUCCAAAGAAGUGUGAAUUCGAAGAAAGACCCUCGUGUCCUAUUCAAGCCUGAUGAGUGGCAAGUGCGACUUCUUGAUCUCGUUGACCAAAAUAAGAGUGCCGUGAUAUCUGCACCAACAAGUGCUGGAAAGACAUUUAUAUGUUUCUAUGCAAUUGAAAAGAUUCUGAAAGAAAGCGACACUAACAUGGUGAUUUUUUGUCUCCCCACCAAAGCUCUUGUCAACCAGGUAUCUGCAGACAUCUAUGCUAGAUUUACUGCAAAGGUGAACUCCAAAACUUUUCUUCAAGGAAGUCUUAUGAAAGAAUUUUCGAUAGCGCCCUGGAAUUGCCAGGUUCUGAUAGUGAUUCCAUCUCUUUUGGAAUCUGUGUUGAAUACACCUCCCAAGGGGUUUCUUGAGAGGGUCAAGUACAUAAUUAUCGAUGAGGUUCAUAAGAUCAGCAGUGAAGAGAUGGGUAUUCCGAUAGAGAGGAUAAUCCACCUAUCGCCAUGCCCUAUGCUGGUUCUUAGUGCAACGCUUGGGAAUAUUGAAGGGUUCUAUGGAUGGAUGAAGAAGAUUGAAGAAGAGAAAGGUAGGGUGUGUGAACUUGUUUCCUAUGACGAAAGAUACUGUGAGCUGAAACCCUAUGUCUAUUCCCAUGAAUUUGAUCCAAAGAUGGUGCCUAUAAACAAUCUGUUUGCAUACUCCUAUUCCCACAUAAAAAGGUUUGGGUUUGGAAAUGAUAUGAGCUUCCUUCCUGAAGAGCUCCUUCAUCUAUACGACUCGAUAUGUGCAGUUCUUGGAAAGGAUCAGGAGCAUUUGAUCAGUAGGAUAACGCCCGAGAACUUCUUCAAGAGUAACAUAGUAACAAAGAAAGAGGUGAGGGAGUAUGGAAACCACCUUCUAGAAACAUUCCAGAAGAUGAUUGAAGGAGAUUUACUGAGCGAGAAGCAAGUGAAGUAUGUUUACAAGCUGCAAACGAAAGAAACAAGAAAGGCCUUUGAGACGGUUGUGGACUACAGCAACGAUUAUCUCCUUGAAAACAUCCUUGACCUUCUCAUGGAACUUAAGGAGAGAGACAUGUUCCCAUGCAUAGUCUUCAAUACAGACAGGGAUUUUGCUAGUAAGCUUGCACUGAAAGUGUAUCAGAAGCUGGAGUCUAUGGACAUGGAGAAAAAGAAGGACAAGUUCAUUGAGAAGAUGAAGAAAGAGGCGAAGAGGACAAGGGAUGCCGAGAAGACAAAAGAGAGCUGGAUUGAAGAAUCCAUUGCGGCAGAGAAAAGCUUUCAGAUGAGGAGUGAUAAGAAAAACAUCAAGUAUACCUUUCUGGAUCCCCUGACCAAACUGACUGAUUACGAACUCUCUGAGGAAACGAAGUUCAUAAAGAAUACCAGCUUUGAAUUUAUUGAUAUGAUUUAUCGUGGGAUAGGAGUACAUCAUGCACACAUGAAUAGAAAGUAUAGAUCUCUUGUUGAGAUUCUGUUCAGGCAGAAGCAUUUACAAGUUCUUUUUGCAACGGAAACCCUGGCUCUUGGAAUUAACAUGCCCUGCAGGACUGUUGUGUUUGCUGGAGAUUCUUUACAGCUAGACCCCAUGAAUUACAAGCAAAUGGCAGGAAGAGCCGGGAGAAGAGGCUUCGAUACCCUUGGGAAUGUUGUGUUUAUGGGAAUACCCAAGCAGAGGGUGCAGAAUCUCAUGGUGUCUUUACUUCCAAACAUAAAGGGUGCCUACACCUACACGAAUACAAGCUUUGUUGGGUUUAAUUUGAAAGACUCACUUGUUAGGAAUCCCUUGAUUAAGAGCACUCUCUAUAGUGAUCAGGAGGGACUUACCAAGACGAUCGAGGAGCUAUCCAUAUCUGGGGACAGGUCUCCACCCUAUGACCUAAGUGAUGUGUACGGAUAUGAGGAAAGGAGGGCUGAGCUUGUAAACUAUCAGCUCAAUCUUCUCAAACCAUACUUUCUGCCAAAGUCCUAUCUUUGUGAUCUCGUGAUAGGAAACAGAGACUCUGAUCCAGGAAUCCUAUCGUUUGCCCUUCUCCUGGAGAGCAAAGCUUUACCCUUGGAACCUAACGCUUUCAUGAUCACGUUAGCACACUUCUUUGAAACAAAGCCUCUUUUAUUCGACAUGGGCUGUACGCUUCCUCCUUUGAGCACGGAUGUUUAUGAAUUCUGUCGAAAGAUUAAUGGCAUCUCCAGGAGUUCCGUGUCAAGGCUAUACCCUCCGAUCCUGAGAUCCUUACAGAAAAUGUCAUCUGAACCUCUUCACAUCAUCGAUUCCUUUCUAAGUGUGGAGAACCUAGACAAGAUCAAGAACUCAUAUCUCCUGGACUUUUUCAAGCAUGGAAACUGGAAUAGAAUUGCAGAGGAGAAUUGUAUUGGAACAGGAGAGCUUUUCAAAUCAUUGAAUGCUGUUAAUAAUGUUGUUCUAUCGCUCAUAAGGCUAUACGAAACAUAUGACCUUUGCAGCGAUGACAGAUCCAAGAUUGUGCGCUUCCAUUCCAUGUUCGAACCGAAAUUCAAGGCCAUGUUUGCCUAA